UUCAAAUGUUCCAUCUUAACCUCAAAAUUUAGCUGUAAAUAAAAAUAUUCUCAGUUUAUUUAUUAUCAGUAUUUUGUCAAUGUGUGGUAAAUGCAAUAAAUAAUAACUAAUAAAUCGUAAAUAGAAAACUGUAUAGGUAUGACUAGUCAUUUCAAAUUAAGUUGUUUUACAAAACUUGUCAUUCGUAAAUUCUGUACGUCUCCUACAACAAAGCCUUUGAGAAGUCUCAAACCAAGAUCAAAUAAGGCAUAUACCAAGUCUUUCAUAGAUUUGAAACAGGUAAAAGCAAUUGGUGGGAAAGGAGGAGACGGGUGCAUAUCUUUUCUGCAUUUAUGGUCAAAUGAGUAUGCAGGACCUGAUGGGGGUGAUGGUGGAAAUGGUGCCCAUGUAAUAUUUAAAGCAUCACAUAACGUGAAAGAUUUGAGAAAUGUUUUAUCCCUUAUUCGAGGGACUGAUGGGGAUAACGGAAGGAACAAAGACUGUCAUGGAAAAAACGCUGAUCAUGCAAUUGUUGAAGUCCCUGUUGGAACCAUUAUAAGGAAUCGGGAUGGUUUAAUUGUUGGUGAUUUAUCAAGAGAAGAUUUGAUGUUUAUGGCUGCACGUGGUGGUGCUGGGGGUAAAGGCAAUCAUUUUUUCAUUAGUGAUAUUAAUCAGUCACCCAAAAUAUGCCAGUAUGGGGCUGAAGGAGAACAGUUCGAGUAUGUUCUUGAGGUUAAAAGUAUGGCACACAUAGGUUUGAUUGGUUUUCCAAAUGCUGGAAAAAGUACACUUUUAAGAGCAAUAUCAAGAGCAAGUCCAAAAAUAGCACCUUAUCCUUUCACUACGUUGAAACCACAAUUGGGAAUGGUAGAAUAUGAUGACUAUGAGCAAAUUGCAGUUGCUGAUUUGCCUGGACUUAUACCAGGCUCUCACAAAAACAAAGGUUUAGGAAUUCAAUUUCUAAAACAUACAGAAAGGUGUAUGGCACUAAUUUUUGUAGUGGAUAUUUCAUUACCUAGGCCAUGGGAAAACAUAAGCACUUUGCAAUUCGAAUUAACUCAGUUUAAUGAGGAGCUUGGUCAAAGACCAAAAAUUGUUGUUGCCAAUAAGGUAGAUUUACUUGAAAAUGAUGAAACCAUUGAAAUUCUAAGGAAAGAAACAGAUUUGAAAGUGAUACCAAUUAGUGCUAAAAUGGGAACAAAUAUCACUGAAUUUCUAUUAGAAAUAAGAAAAAUCUAUGAUAAGAAUAAAGAUUCUGAAGAGUAGCCACUGUAUUAUUAGAUAUAGCUCAUCCUAUAACUUCUUCCAUUUAGUAAGUACACUUACUUUAAGAAUCAUUGAUAUUUCGGAUGAGUAAAAUUAUGUUUUGUAUGACUAAGCUGCGGAAUUCAGAUCAGUAUUAGGAAUAAACACUGACCCAUAGACCAAUUACUUAUGAGUCUAUGCAUUGGCCAAAGAUAUAUAUUUAUAACAAUUUUAAAGGUUGAUUUAUUGGCUCUGAAUUUGAGUAUUUCAUCAGAUAAUUUUCAUUAUCGUAGCCUACUAAAAAGAAGUAGGAGGUGUACAAAACAAUAAUAUGGAGUGCUGCAUUCGAUCAUAAAUAAUUAGGACUUAUCGAUAUGAAUAAAACAAAGUUAUAAUAUA